AACAAUAAUAAUAAGUUAAGCGUUAACUAUACAUUUGAACAAUGAACAUACAGUGGUAAAUUAUUUCAUUUUUGUCAUGAUUUUUGUUUAAAAUUAGGAUUGCAAAACAUAUCGAGUUACUUAAUAGUUUAUAAUAGAAUAAAAUGUCUGAUAAUCAAUAUCCUAUUUCAUCACCAACUUUAUGUAAACUAUCGCGUACUUCUGACAAAAUGUAUACACCUUGUCGUAGAGUAGGACUCAAGAGGAAGUCCACUGGUACAUUAACUCCCAAAACUAUACCAAAGAAAAUAAAAGUUAUUGAUGAUCUAAAUUUGUCCACUGAAUUUGGUGAAAAUGUAGAAACACAAAAUAAUAUACCAAAAAACAAUUCAAUUUCAAAAUUGGAGUAUGAAGAUGAGACGCCAUCAAAUUUAUUAGACAAACACCGUGUUUUAGAAGAACUCAAGUCUGAACUCAAAAAUAGUGAACAGCAUAAUUUAGAUCAAAUAAAAAAGCUAUCAAAAAAAUGGUUAAAUGUUUGUCAAGAGGCUUUGACAUCACUAUUCAAUAAAUUAAAUGAAAAUGAAAAUUCCAAUUUACAUACUAUAGAAGAUUUAAUUAGAAGUUUAGGCCUUUGUCCUGAUUUAAUUCAAUUUGAUUCAAAUAAUCAAGAGUUUUAUUAAAAGGAAUAUAAAUAUAUACAAACAAACAAUUCAAGUGUAAUUUACUUAUUUAUUUAAUUUUAGUUAAUCAUCAACAAUAAAACAAUAUU